UGCUUCUUCAGUUCGAACCCAACAAAACUAGUUGCAAAGAGGGAGAAUCAGAUUGUGUAGAAAUGGCGAAACCAGCUGUAGGAAACGAGUCGGUGGUGGGAUCUCUGACGCCAUCGAAGAAGAGAGAUUACAGAGUCACGAACAGGCUCCAAGAAGGGAAAAGACCCUUAUACGCCGUCGUCUUCAACUUUAUUGAUUCUCGUUUCUUCAAUGUCUUCGCCACUGUCGGCGGAAACCGGGUCACUGUUUACCAAUGUCUUGAAGGUGGUGCUAUAGCCGCAUUGCAAUCUUAUGUUGACGAAGACAAGGAUGAGUCCUUUUACACUGUAAGUUGGGCAUGCGGCAUUGGUGGGAACCCAUUCGUGGUGGCUGGAGGUGUAAAUGGUAUCAUUCGUGUCAUUGAUGCCAACAAUGAGAAAAUAUAUAAGAGUUUCGUGGGUCAUGGAGAUUCAGUAAAUGAAAUCAGGACUCAGCCAUUGAAGCCUUCACUUGUGAUAACUGCAAGCAAGGAUGAGUCGAUUCGAUUAUGGAAUGUUGAAACUGGAAUAUGCGUUCUGAUAUUUGCGGGCUCCGGGGGUCAUCGCAAUGAAGUUCUAAGUGUGGAUUUCCAUCCUUCAGAUAUAUACCGAAUUGCAAGUUGUGGUAUGGACAACACUGUUAAGAUAUGGUCGAUGAAAGAGUUCUGGCAAUAUGUGGAGAAGUCUUUCACAUGGACUGACCUACCAUCAAAAUUCCCCACAAAAUAUGUGCAAUUCCCUGUAUUCAUAGCUUCAAUUCACUCAAAUUAUGUGGACUGUACUCGCUGGCUUGGUGAUUUUGUCCUUUCAAAGAGCGUUGACAAUGAGAUCGUGUUGUGGGAACCAAAAGCAAAAGAGCAGUCUCCUGGAGAGGGUACAGCAGAUAUCCUACAAAGGUACCCUGUUCCUGAAUGUGACAUUUGGUUCAUCAAAUUUUCAUGUGACUUCCAUUACAACGCUGCCGCUAUAGGGAAUCGUGAAGGGAAGAUUUAUGUAUGGGAACUACAAAGUAGCCCUCCUGUUUUGAUUGCGAGGUUGUCUCACAAUCAAUCAAAGUCUCCGAUUAGACAAACGGCCAUGUCAUUUGAUGGAAGCACUAUUCUUAGUUGUUGUGAGGAUGGGACGAUUUGGCGUUGGGACUCGACGGGCAACUAAAGAGAGUUUAGUCUUUUGUAUAAUUAAGGUAUGUUGAUCUUGAGAACAUUCUCCAUUGUCUGCUUGCUAAGUUCAAACUGGUGUUUAGUUAAAUGUAUGGAUUUGGGACUUGUUCUGUAGUUCUGGUGGUGCGGUUUUUUUGUUCUGACACUUUACACUCGUGUCAUUUAGCUUCA